AUGCUCGUUACUGCUUCGCUAACUAUUAUAAUCUCUUGUGUUAAAUCUAGUCGUGUUUGCUUAAGUCGCUUAUUGUCAGCAGGAAAUAUGAACAAGCGUACUGCACCUGAAUGGAAAGUGCCUUCACCUGAAGUUAAGGUCGAUUUGCCUCCCCUUAAAUUGUUUAACAGUCUUUCUAAUAGCAAAGUUCCCUUUGUUCCUCAAAAAGGUAAAGAUGUGACGUGGUACUGCUGUGGUCCAACUGUUUAUGAUUCCUCCCAUAUGGGCCAUGCGAGAUCAUACAUUUCGUUUGACAUUAUUCGCCGCGUUCUUGUCGAUUAUUUUGGUUUUAAUGUUAAAUAUAUCAUGAAUAUUACUGAUAUUGAUGACAAAAUAAUCAAAAGGGCCCGUCAACACUAUUUAAUUUCCAAUUACUUUGAAAGCGCUUCAUCAGUCGCCCAAGUUAAGCAGGAUAUUCGUGAAGCUAUAAAGCUAUUAGAUGAAAAAUCAAAAACUCACCCGGAACCUGAUCAAAGGGAUUAUCUUAAGCGUGAAGUAAUUCGUCUUAAAAUUCUCCUUACAAGUCGAAUAACUGUUACGAGUCUUCUCUCCGGGGCUCAGGACGCUUUAGCUAAUUUUCUGGAUUCAAAAUUCGGUUCAUCGAUUUCCGAUUUCAAGAUUUUUGAAGCUCUCCCUAGAAGGAUAGAAAAGGAAUUUCUGGGUGAUAUGAGGUCAUUAAACGUUCUUGAUGCCGACAGGUUGACAAGAGUUAGUGAAUAUAUUGAUCCCAUAAUUACGUUCAUUCAGAGGAUCAUUGAUAAUGGAUUCGCCUACUCAGUCGCGUCUGGUUCUGUGUACUUCAACACAAAGAAGUUUGCUGAAACCGAUGGUCAUUUCUACGCUAAAUUGGUCCCCACUGCGUAUGGUGACGCAGCAAAGUUAACCUCUGGUGAGGGGGAUCUCACAACCACAGAAACUGAGAAACGCAAUUUCAGUGAUUUUGCUCUCUGGAAGGCCUCAAAACCCGGUGAACCCGCUUGGCCUUCUCCCUGGGGUCCUGGUCGACCCGGUUGGCAUAUUGAGUGUUCUGUCAUGGCAAGUGAUGCCAUUGGUGACUGCAUGGAUAUCCACACUGGUGGAGUGGAUCUUAAAUUCCCUCAUCAUGACAACGAACUCGCCCAAUCGGAGGCUCAUUUUGGUCAUUCUCAUUGGGUGAAUUACUUCCUUCACGCUGGACACUUGACUAUCAGUGGUUGCAAGAUGUCCAAGUCUCUGAAGAACUUUAUCACUAUUCGUGAUGCCUUGAAACAACAUACGGCUCGUGAACUUCGUUUCGCCUUCCUUCUUCAUAGCUGGAGAGAUACCCUGGACUAUGGCGCAGAUACGAUGAGUGAAGCUCUAGCUUUCAGCAAAACUAUCAAUGACUUUCUGUUUAAUGUCUCGCAUACUCUGAGACUCCUUUCGCUCAGCAAGCAGAAAGCUGAUGGGGAUUUGCCGGAAAAUCAGGAUCUCACAGGUACUCUUGCCGCUGCCCAAAAGGAGGUGUUUGAUGCUCUUUGUGAUUCGAUCGAUACUCAGCGUGCACUGCUUGCUAUCCGCAAAUUGAUUAAUGCUUAUAAUCAGGUGGACUGCGCACAACCCUUGGGAACAACCUCACAAUGCCUUACUGCCAGGGCCUAUCAAUCAUAUUCUCUUGCUGCUUUUAUCCUUCGUCUGCUCUGCGUCUUUGGCGCCUCCGACCAGACAGCACUCUCGGACACAUGGCCUGACUUUGGAAAAAGUGCCCAGCCAUGCCUCGCUUGGCCAAUCCCCCAUGAAAAGGCAGUUAAGGAGAUUACUAAUAGCACCCUUUGGAUUUCAAUGGAUGCAUUGAAUAAGGAGAUCCUUGCUACUGCUUUCCAUGGAGCUGCAGAAGCUUGCCAGAUGUUUAUCAAAGAAAUACGAGAGGUUGCAUCCAACGCGAUGCAGGUUGUGGACAUUAUUGCCGACUUCGAGGCUUCACUUAAGAGGGACUGCAAUUUCGAUCUUGAAAAUCUCCCAUGUGAUGUUAAUUGUAAGUACUUUUAUUUGAAAGUUCAUUUCUUUCCCCAAGGGUACUUUAUUGACGGUUUCCCACUUAAAUGUGACUAUGUAGUACUAGCUACCAAAAAUGAUAUGAAAAUAUUAUUAUGGGAAAUUUUUGAAUGUUCGCUCUUGUCUAAACUAACGUUGGUUUAUAUGCAUUAA